UAGAAAAAAAAAAAAAAGAGAGUGCUCAUUACUGGAUGUCGACAUGAACAUAGGAAUUUAUCUACUUUUCUUAAGUGAAAUAUGUGUGGAAAUCAGCAAGGCUGGCAUCAAACCUAAAAUUCCAAAGAAGGACAGAGACACUAAUUUCUUGGAAGGAAAUGCAACCAUCAAUAUUUCUGAAGAGUGGCAUCAUCAUAAAAACACCUCUAAGCCUUUUGAAGAGGGAGGUCUUGAAGAGUUCACUCUAUACAAUUUCACUGAAAAGACUGCAAAUUUUGGAUUUAACAUCUACAGAAAAAUUGCAAUGAUGCAUGAUAACAAUGUAAUCAUCUCUCCCCUUUCCAUAUCAGCUCUCAUGACUGCAUAUAUGCUGGCAGCCAAAGGAGAAACAUACAGACAAAUAGUAAAAGGUCUAAAUCUCCACACUUUGAAGGACAGAGCAGAUCGCCAACAUUUACCAGCUUUGUUUAAACAACUCAAAGACAAUAUCACAAUGAAUGAAGACCUUCUUGUGCAAGGAACUCUUUCUUUUAUCCAAAAGGACUUCAGACUCAAGGAGCCUUUCCUCAAUUUAUCUAAGCAGUACUUUGAUAUGGAAUUCCUGAGAGUGGACUUUCAAAACUUCACACAGGCAAAAUUUGUCAUAAAUCAAAAUAUUAACAAAAGGACCAAGGGAAAAAUCCCAGAGCUUUUUGAGGAGCUUGACCACCAUAAUAAACUGCUACUUGUGGACUACAUUGUCUUUAAAGGCAAGUGGGUCUACCCAUUUAAUUCCAAAUUCACAGAAAUGGAGACUUUCCACAUAAACAAAUACAGAAGCGUACAGGUACCCAUGAUGUUCAAGACAGAUAAAGUUAAUGCAACUUUUGAUGAGAACUUAAGAUGCACUGUGAUAAAGCUACCCUACAAAGGGAAAGCCCACAUGCUGAUUGUCAUUCCAGAAAAGGAGGGAGAUUACAUUUCACUUGAAGACCAUUUGACUACAGAGCUUGUGGAAUCCUGGCUUGGAAACAUGAAGAUCAGAAAACUGGAUAUUUCAAUUCCAAAGUUCAAAUUAGAACAGAAAUACAAAAUGAAGAAAUUACUUUAUUCUCUUGGAAUUAAAAAUCUCUUUACACGUACAGCGGAUCUCAGCCAUCUCAUGGAUCAAGGAUGUAUAGCAGUUUCACAGGUUGUCCAAAAGGCAGUAAUUGAAGUGGAUGAAGAAGGAACUGAGGCCACGGCAGCCAGUGGGUCAGAAAUAAUUGCAUUCACAGUGCCUCCUGUCAUCAAAGUGAAUCGACCAUUCCUUUUUAUGAUUUUUGAAGAAACUUUUAAAACAUUACUGUUCAUUGGCAGGGUGGUUGACCCAACAGAAAUGUGAAUAUAGGUAACAGUUUCUAUUCUGGGAUAUGCAAGAGGUUUUAUUUCUAGUCUAUUAAUUUACAUUUCAAUACAAAGACAGUGAAAUAUGAAAAUGUGAAAACCUAUUUUGUCUCUCCAGCUAGCAGCAGCUCAUCCUGUUAAUGUUUUUUUAAUGCCCAAGUAACAACCUAAAUUUACCAAGGCACCAAGUGACAAAAAAGUAUCUUGUAAAAUCUACUGUGCAAAUUAAAAAAAUAACAGAACUGAACUUUCAAAGUUCAAAAUUUUAAUGUUAAGUCUGAAAGAAAACCAAAAUAUUCAGAAAGCUCCUUCCCAAAACACUGCAGGCUUGAUAUUCCUCAGUGUUAUCUUCUGUUGUGAUGAGACUUAACAGCCUACAGACGUCAAUGUUAGCAGAAUUUUGCCAUUUAUAAGAACAGAGGCAGUAUCAAGGCCUAAAAGAGAAUUUCCAGUCUCUGUCUAGAGAUAUUUAUUGUAUUACUCUAGAAAUUGUCCUGAGUCUAUCAUGAAGUCUGCAUCAUCUGGGAGCGUGACCUCUUUCAAAGUGUUUAUUCAGAGUAGCAAAUCACCUAAUUUUCUCAGGGUAUGUAAUGUGCCUGCUUUUAAAAUAUUCUUUCUAAUAGUAAUUCUGUAAAAUAACUUAGGUAGUCUGAACCUGAAAAAUAUGAAUCUGUACUACUCACAACACCAAACUAGGUCUCUACUGAAACCAGCAUCUCUGCAUGUAUUAUCAUUUAUAUAUAAGAGUGAACUAUAUAAAAGGACUCUACGCCUGAACGAAGACAGGCUUUGGCAAGAAAAAAGUACCUCAAUAUUGGAAUCAAUCUGUUCACAGAUCCUAAAAUCCAGAAGAUGUCAAUUUUUUUUCAGCAAAAUAUUUCCAUGAUCUAAAUACAAUUAAUUUUAUUCAAGUAAUGCAGUGAUUCCAACAGAACAGCAAGAUCUUUAACAUUCAGUAAAUUUUAAUUAGCAGCAGAGACCCAUGUAUAAGGUAUGGAACAAUGCAGAGAGCUACUUCUAGCUAUACUUAACAGAUCCAAGCAUAACUCUACUUGCUCAUACAGCCUUCACAAAAUAACUGCCCAAAAGGGGGCAGAAGAGUUUUCAAAAUCAUUUGGCACAGAAGCUUCAAAGGUGUCCAUCAGUAAACACACUUAGACAGAUGCAUCCGCAAGAGAAGAUACAAAAGAUUUACAGGGUAAAGCUGGUAAACAAAUCACCUCAGUUACCAUGAGAUGUCUACCCACAGCAACCCAGCCACUGGUAUAAGCCACUCACAAAAGGAUUUAGUAAGCAGACUGCUCUCUGACUGGACUACGAAGGUGAACCUAACCUAACUCCAUAUUGCAGUAUGAAUACACCCAGAACGAAAGAGAAUCCCUCCUUCCUGUCUCCAAAUGAUUAAUAGGAGGAAUGCUGAUACAGAGAACCACCCGAUUAUCGCUCUACAGUUACAGCUGUUAUUCUGAGUUGCAGGUAAAACCAAUGCUACAAAGAUUUCAGAAGUAUUGGUGCUGUCCGACAGAAAUAUCCCAGAAGUAAGGAGCCUCACGAAAGAUUGCUGGAGAUCUGCAGUGUGAAGGACUGAUGAAAGUACACGAGACACCAGGAGCAUCAUACAAGGAAUACGUGCAGACCAAAAAUGUCUAAAUAGAGCAUUUAAAGAUUACACUGCAGGAAUUUAAUACAUAGUUGGGGUUUUGCAUGACUCAUGUUAGCAGCAUGAAAUAAAUUAAUCUGCUAAAACCAGACAAAUGACAGGCAAAUGACAGACUGUAUACUGAACUCAUUGCAUACUUAUAAAGGGAGAAAUAACUUGGA